ACUUUUUCUUUUUCCUUUUUAUUUUUUUUCUUACACAUUUUAUAUAUAUAUAUAUAUACAUCCCAAUUCUGUUGGCCGAACCAUCCAUUGCGAUCAAAUACUAUUUUCUUUUUUUGUUCCAGGUUUUCUAUCAAGGAAAGAAAAAAGAUAUAUUAUACGCAUUCCAUAUAUUACAUAUAUGCAUACACAUAUCCACGUCUACAUCCACGUAUUACCAUCAUUGUUUGCCUAAAACUAGCGUCUCUGCUAUCACAUCUACCUUUUUUUUUUCUCUUUUGAUUUGUCCUUUUUUUGCUCUUUGAAAUCAUGCCGCCUCAAUUAUCUGAUUCGACAGCACCCUUGAUACCUCACGAACAUCGUUCAAAAAAAAAUUUCUCGGUCUCGGCCGCCCAGUUGUGCCAGCUUGUUGAUCUGAAACAUCCUUCGCUACUUGCCGAUCUCGGUGGCACACACGGAAUCUGUCAGGCUUUGAAAGUCGAUCCCACCGUCGGUCUCUUUGCCGAUGAAACGUUCGAUCCCUGUUAUGGUAUUGUGAAAUCCAACGACACCGAGCCUUUUGCAGAACGGAAAGCUUUAUUUGGCAGAAACGAAAUCCCUGAAGCGCCCGCCAAAACAAUUUGGUCCCUACUUUGGGCCGCUUACAACGAUCAAACCCUCAUCAUGUUGACAAUUGCCUCUGUCGUAUCUUUGGCCGUGGGUCUCUGGGAAGACAAUUCUGCCAAUCAUCCAGUGGAUGAACCCAAAGUUGGAUGGGUUGACGGGGUUGCAAUCCUUGUUGCAGUUGCUGUCGUCGUCAUAACCAAUGCCAUGAAUGAUUAUGAAAAAGAGAAACAGUUCCGCAAACUGAAUGCUAAAAAGGAAGAACGUCCCGUCAAGAUCAUGCGUGACGGUAUCGCCCAGCAAAUUCACAUUCAGGAGGUUGUGGUCGGCGACAUCAUGUUCGUUGAACCGGGAGAUAUGCUGAAUGUCGAUUGUCUGUACAUUGAAGGACAUAAUUUGCGCUGCGAUGAAUCCACUGCUACCGGUGAAUCGCAUACAGUCAAGAAAAACACCGACCUCCAAGGCGACUGUGUAUUAUUGAGUGGUUCAAAAAUCCUGCAAGGUGUGGCCAAGGUUGUUGUCAUUGCGGUUGGCACCAAUUCCUUCUACGGUCGAGCCAUGACGUUGAUGCGCAAUUCUUCCGAAGAUCAAACCCCUCUGCAACUGAAACUCAAUGUGCUUGCCGAUCAAAUUGCGAAAUUCGGUUUCGCUGCAGCCGGUCUGAUGUUUGGUGUCCUGUUGUUGAAGCUUGUCAUCUUGAGCACGGUCUCCAAUCACUGGGUCUCCACCAAUGAAUUGCUCAGCGAGCUGAUCACAAUGGUGAUUCAAGCGAUCACUGUCAUUGUCGUCGCUGUACCGGAAGGCCUUCCGAUGGCCGUCACCCUGGCUCUCGCAUUCGCCACAACCGAGAUGUUAAAGGACAACAACUUGGUGCGUCAUCUUUCCGCUUGCGAAACCAUGGGCAAUGCUACGGCUGUAUGCUCAGAUAAAACAGGCACUUUGACAGAAAACAAGAUGACCGUAAUCACCGCUACAUUGGCAGAUAAACAAUUCACCAAGGUGUCCGAAAUGCAACGUUGGCGUUAUCAAGUGAGCCCAAUUGCUUUAGAUCUGCUCGUCGAAGGCAUUGCCAUCAACUCUACAGCUUUUGAAGGACGAUCGCCCGAAGGUGUCACCAAGUUUGUUGGCUCCACCACCGAGUCCGCUCUCAUUGAUUUCAGUCGAAAAUUAGGCUACUCUUAUCAGCAAAUCAGAUCUUCAAGCAAGAUCGCCAACGUGUAUCCUUUCAACUCGACUGUCAAGAGCAUGACCACCGUCAUUCAAGUCAAUGACAGCAAUGUACCAUCACCUGAUCGAAAUACAUAUCGUCUGUAUUCCAAGGGAGCCCCUGAAUCCAUUAUCAAGGCAUGCACCCAUUAUAUCGAUCUUAGAGGAAAGGUCAAGCCCUUGGAUCAAUGUACCCGCUUGCACCAUGAGAUGCUUGUAAACGAAUACGCCGAACGCUCGCUCAGAACGUUGGCCUUGGCUUACCGAGACGUAGAUCAUGCUACCUUCUCAUCAUUUCACCCAGACGAUGCUCCUGUCAAUGAUCUUAUUUUCCUAGGCAUUGUUGGUAUUCAGGAUCAGUUGCGUCCAGGAGUCAUCGAAUCGGUCCAAGCCUUCCGUCGUGCUGGUGUAUUCAUUCGUAUGAUUACCGGUGACAAUAUUGAGACUGCCAAAGCUAUCGCCAAGGAAUGCGGUAUCUUGACUGCCGGAGGCAUUGCUAUGACAGGCCCCGACUUCCGUGCACUUUCUACCACCGAACAACAACGUGUAAUUCCCCGUCUGCAGGUGCUUGCCCGCUCAUCACCCAUUGACAAGACCAUUAUCGUGUCUCGGUUGCAAGAGAUGAAUGAAGUAGUGGCCAUGACUGGUGACGGCACCAACGAUGGACCUGCUCUCAAGAUGGCUAAUGUUGGUUUUGCCAUGGGUAUUACCGGUACCGAGGUAGCCAAAGAAGCUUCUGAUAUUAUUUUGAUGGAUGACAAUUUCAAUUCCAUAUUGCAAGCCUUGAAGUGGGGUCGUGCUGUCAAUGAUGGUGUACGAAAGUUCUUGACAUUCCAGCUCACCGUGAAUGUAGCAGCCGUCGUUCUUUCUUUUGUCAGCGCCGUAGUGUCAGAAAAAUCGGAAUCCAUUCUCAGCGCGGUCCAGUUGCUCUGGGUGAACAUGAUCAUGGAUACUUUUGCUGCUCUCGCUCUUGCCACCGAACCCCUCUCCGAUGAAUUGAUUAACCGUCGACCACUGCGCAAGGACUCUAGUCUCAUCAACUGGCGCAUGAGUCGUAUGAUCAUCGGUCAAGCUAUCUUCCAGAUUUUCGUCAACUUGCUCCUCAUGACUCACGGUCCUUCCGUCUUUGGCCUGUCCAACUCGGUGGAAGACAAUCGCAUUCUCCGUACCAUGGUAUUCAACGUCUUUGUCUUUUUGCAAGUCUUUAAUGAGUUGAACUGCAGACGUAUCGAUGAUAAUCUGAACAUCCUCCGCGGCGUUCGUCACGAUUACCUGUUCCUGGCUAUUCAGGCAUUCACCGUUAUUGGUCAAGUGCUCAUUGUCCAGUAUGGCGGCUUGGCUUUCAAGACUGUUCCAUUGACGACGUCUCAGUGGCUGUUUACGAUUGGCAUUGGAUCGCUUUCCAUCCCUGCCGGUACCUUGAUCCGUCUGUUACCCAACCAUAUACCCUACUUUUGGAGCGAGAAUAACGACGAUGAAUUCGUUCACACCGUCAGCUACUCUCGUCUUCGAUGGGAAGCCGCGGUCAAUCAUAUUCUCCGUGACGUCAAGACCAUGUCCGAUGACCCAAAAGCCGUCAUGGUAGCGCACAAAUUGAUAGCUGCCUCAAAGUAUGACAACAUCCACGAUUACUUACAGGAGGACAUAUACGCACCUGCUCCACGAUCAUACGACAUUACUCGUGGAAAAGCCGAUGGUCGUCCUGCUCCUGUAUAAUGACUUGUGGGCCUGCCUAUUCUUUGCGCUUUGUACAGUAGUUUGCUCGACUCUUGAUUUGUGUGCUAUGCGCAAAACGAGGAACGGCGCCUUUCUUUUUCCUCUCUCUUUUGCAUUUUCUUUUUACUGUAUAGCAAACUGUUCGUUCUUCUUCCAUCUUUUUGCUCUUUUAUUGUAAACAUAACGUGGUUCUUUUUUUUUUUUUUACUUGUUCUUUCUUUCUU